GUGUGCAUGCUUAGGACACUGGCUUUCCAAAGCAAAACUGAAAACUCUUGUGAAGAAACUGAGAAGCUGAAGGGGUUAAAUGAAAUACAACUCUGCUUUUCCUGUGCAGUAAGGAUUAGAACCAAACAGAAGCAGGAGAGACAAGGGCUGAAGUGCCACUGUUUCAACAAGAACGAUUGGAAAGUGGCUUCUGGAGCUUGACUGCAGAGUAUCUCCAACUUCUGUGCUCACCUAUCACAGGCACAUGCAGAAGGCAGAGAUGAAGAACUUGUUCCUUCUGCUCAUGCUAACAACGCUGUCACCUUCUGCAUUUUCAGGCCGCCGGAUGAAACGGCAGGUUGAUGUCUGGGGGAGCUGGAGUGAAUGGAGCAAGUGCAGUCGGAGCUGUGGUGGUGGAGUCAGCUUUCGGCAGCGGCGCUGCUAUUCCCAAAGGACAGAAAGUCCUUCCAGUUGUAUUGGACCAACACGAAGCUAUCAGUCAUGUAAUGUUCAGAACUGCCCAGAAGGCUCCCGGGAUUUCCGGGCAGAGCAGUGUGCAGAGUUUGAUGAGACCGAAUUCCAAGGCAAGAAAUAUAAGUGGCUUCCAUAUUAUGGAGCACCUAAUAAAUGUGAAUUAAACUGUAUUCCAAAGGGAGAAAACUUCUACUACAGGCACAAGGAAGCAGUGGUAGAUGGGACUACCUGUGAACCUGGCAAGCGAGAUAUUUGUGUGGAGGGAGUUUGUCAGGCUGUUGGCUGUGAUAAUAUGCUGGAAUCUGCCAAGAAGGAGGACAAGUGCCUGCAGUGUGGAGGAGAUGGCAGCACCUGCUAUGGUGUGAAGGGCACUUUUGAUGUGGCCAGCCUCCCCAAAGGUUACAAUCAAAUCUUUAUUAUCCCUGUGGGAGCCACAAGCAUCCAAAUUAAGGAGGUUAAGCCCAGCAGGAACUUUCUAGCUGUCAAGAACGUGCGAGGGGAGUAUUACCUGAACGGGCAUUGGACAAUUGACUUCAGCCGGGCGCUGCAGGUGGCCAGCACGGUGCUGCACUACGACCGUGGCUCCGAGGGUGAUGUGGCCCCAGAGCUCCUCCAUGCCCGGGGUCCCACCACAGAACCCCUCAUCAUUGAGCUCAUCAGCCAGGAGCCAAACACGGGGGUACAGUAUGAGUAUUACCUGCCCCUGCAAGGACAGUCCUCAGGUUACAGCUGGAGUUACAGUUCCUGGAGUGAGUGCAGCUCCGAAUGUGGAGGAGGUUUCCAAUCUCGCUUGGUGUUUUGCACCAUAGACAAUGAAAUUUAUCCAGACUAUAUGUGCAGGAAUAAACCACAACCAGACAACAACCGGACGUGUGGCCAUCAGCCUUGUCCCCAGACAAAACGGACUUCUUACAUCUACCUGCCGCAAGCCUGGAGUCACAGCGGCGCACGGAGCUCUCAGAUGAAGAGGUGGAAAAUGGGAGAGUGGGGAUCCUGCUCAGCCAGCUGUGGCGGGGGCACCCAGACUCGCUCUGUGUACUGCGUGGCAUUUGACGGGCAGAGCUGGCAGGGGGUGGUGGAUGACGCCGAGUGCAUGGCCUUCGCCCAGCAGCCGCGCCGCAGCCAGCCCUGCAACGUCCGGCAGUGUGCCACCUGGAGCACGGGGCCCUGGUCCGAGUGCUCAGCCAGCUGUGGGGAAGGAGUGCAGACCCGGACUGUCACCUGCAGGACGCAGCAGGGCUCUCAGGCUCAGGACUUCGCUUGUCUAAUGGAGCCAAAGCCAUCAGCCACCCAGCCCUGCCUUAAGGAGAACUGCAUCCAGGAAAUCGGCUGGCAUGUUGGAGACUGGGGUCUGUGUUCCAAGAGCUGCGAUUCAGGCAUCCGGACACGCCAGGUCAUCUGUGCUGACGGCGACUCCAAAUUCUACAGUCCCGAGACAUGCAAAGCCAUCCAGCCACAGAAACCAGCCACCCUGGGUAGCUGCAAUACACAGCCCUGCUACCUGCCACAGCAGGUCCCCAGUAUGCAGGACACUAUGGGAUACGAUGUCACUCGCCAGUCCUUGCUGACGCGUUACAACCCAAACAGCCCUGCUCCAGAUUCUGAUGAUGGAAGGAUGCUCCCUGGGAACACCAUGAUCCGUAGUACCUCAGGUAAUCAGCACAUUCCAUCCACCAAAGACCAUGGCAUCAACUUGUUUCCUGUUGGCUGGGAGCCCCAGUCCCGCUUGCCAGGUUCCCAUCGGCUCAGCUUCUCUCAGGACCCCCCUGCAGGGGCUGGCUCCCAGGACUGCCACCAGAGCCCACAUGGCUGCUGUCCAGAUGGGCACACUCCGGCAUCAGGCCCUCUGGGGAGAGGUUGCCCUUUCAGCACCUGCCACCAAAACAGGUAUGGCUGCUGUCCUGAUGGAGUAUCGGCUGCCCAGGGUCCAAACAACAUUGGAUGCCCACAAUAUUAUCAUGACAUUCAAACAAGACAAAAUCAUCCCACUUUGACCACUCCAGCAGCAAGCCAAGCCUUGUCCCAGCAGCAGCCCUCGGGCGAGUGCCGCGGCUCCAUGUACGGCUGCUGCUUUGACAACGUCGCCUCGGCCGCAGGUCCUCGAGGGGAAGGAUGUCUCAAUAGCCCCAACUACCCAUACCCUGUCAUGUGCCUGCUGCCCAGUGCCCAUGGCCCCUGCACCAACUGGACCACUCGCUGGUACUUCGUGGGAGUUGUUGGCAAGUGCAACCGGUUUUGGUAUGGCGGCUGUCACGGCAAUAAAAACAGCUUUGCCUCGGAGGAGGAGUGCAUGAGAGUGUGCCACAGCUCUGUGGGAGUCAGUCAUCUGGAGCUCCAGCCCUCUCCUGACACAGAAGCCCUGCAACACCAGCAGACUGGCUCCAAUUCUCAUACAGGACGUGCUCAGGCCCAGCAGCAAUCACCCACAAGAGAGGCUACAGGUCAUAGCCAAGAAGAAAGAACCUUUGGGGCUUCACUCCCCAUGCAAGACAGCCGCAGGCAGGACAGCCGGAGGAGGGACAUGCUGCCAGAGGCCUUGCCAAGGACUGGUGUGCUGGGGAGCCAGCGCUGGGACACCCAGAGAAGCAGACUGGACAGGAGGGGCCAGCUGCACUCCUGGGAAGCAGCCGUGCCCGGGCCCUUGGACAGGCAGAGCAGCAGUGGCCAGCAGGUGCUGCCCCGGGAAGGCAAGCAGUGGCAUGAAGCUUUCGGAGCAGAUGCUUCCGUGACAGAGGCAUUUGGGCACCAGGAGUCUGUAGAAUUGUUCCCAGCACAGGCUCUGCACAGAACAAUCCUGGAGGAAGCCAAGCCCUCUCUUGUGACAGCAGCUGUAGGACAAAACAUCCAGCUGGUCUGCAAGACAGGCGUAUCCUCGCUCUCCAGAGUGGAGUGGAUGAAGAACAGUCGACCAGUCUCCUCUGACAGGCACACCUACCAGUCCGACAGCUCCCUGGUGAUCAGCCACGUCCAGCCCCAGGACGCCGGCACAUACACCUGCCGCACCUCCGACGGCAGAACAGAGAGCCGACAGAUCCAGCUGCAGAUCACAGAGUACCCGAGCACUGUUCUGGCAGAGGGUGAGAGAGGUCGGGUCCUUCACCAGGCAAAUCCGCAGCAGCGAGGGUUAUCCAGAGGCAGGCAGCAUGUGCAGGCAGCCGGCUCCUCUGGGCAUCAGCAGCUCCCAUACAGGUUGAAAAUGGAUAAGAGCGAGCCCACAGUAGUGGAAGCCAAUGUUGGGGAGAGAGUCAGACUGCCCUGUACAGUGGAAGCAUCACCAGCUCUCACCAUUAAGUGGCAGAAAGAUGGGCAGCCCCUCUCCUCUCCCAGGCACAGGCAGCAGUCAGACGGGGCCCUGGUGAUCAGCAGGGUCAGCUCUGAAGACAUUGGCUUCUUCACCUGCAUUGCCUCCAAUGGCCGUGACCGCGACCAGCGCCACGUCCUGCUCCGACCUCUAGGAGAGCUGAGGAUCACUGGUCUUCUGCCAAGCAUCACCGUACCUGAGGGAGGAACUGCUCAGCUUCAUUGUACAGUGACUGGCAACAAUGUGAAUAUAAGGUGGUCAAGGAAUGGAGUUCCCAUGCGGGGGGAUGGCCACCACAUCCACCUGUCCCAGGAUGGAAGCCUGACUAUAAGCAAUGUGCGAGAGGCUGACGAGGGAUCCUACACAUGCAGCGCCUACAGCAGCAGCAACUCUGUCAGUGCCAGCUCAGAGGUGAAGGUGUUGAGGAACCGGCCUAGCACUACUGUGAGUCACGCUAUGGACCUGAGCAGAGAGUGUGUGGACCAACCCCACCUUGCCAACUGUGAGCUGAUCCUGCAGGCCCAGCUCUGUGGUAACGAGUACUAUUCCAGCUUCUGCUGCGCCAGCUGCACUCGCCACCGCCCCUAGGGCAGCCCCCCGCACCCCCGCGGGUGACAGCCACACCUUGGCCACGGUGACUGAUGACAAGACUGGAGGUCUCCACUCUGGAACAGUUUUAGGAACUCUGCCCUGCUGGAAAGCUCAAGAGGGUGAAUUGUACAGCAUAUAGUGGGUGUAAAUGCUCAAAGUGGGGAGAUCCACCACCCUCAGGUUUAGUGUCAACUCCUAAUCCCCUGUAUGCCUUGCUGUACCUAAUCCAUCUCUUAAGGGUAGCUGCUGUCAUUCACGGAAAUCAGAUGGAUAGUAGGGAUGUAAGGAUGAUGUGAAUAGAGAAGGCAGAUGACCAUCAUCAAAGAGGGAGAGACCAAUUCUUCAUACAAGCAAGACAGAAGUGCUCUUAAACACAUAAUGUCUAAAGUGUUUGAAGAUGGGCCUGAACCGUUCCAACCAAAGCACUAAUGAGCCAUGAACGUUUGUUCCUCCAAUAAGCAUUGCUGAACAAGUGCUCCUGGGGAGCACUUUCCAUCUAAAUGCAAAGGACUCUGGCAGUGAGAAACAGCUUGAUGCAUAUACAAUUAGUGUUCAGGUCCUAGGAGAUUACUGGCUCUCGGGAUGAAGCUAUAAUGUCAUGUUACUGUAGCUGUUUUAUUCCAGCAGACCUUAGACAAAUUUCUGGUAGGGUCAGUUUGGUUUCUGCUUGGCUGCAAUCAGCUUUCGAGUGAAAUGCAGAAGCAAUGCUUCACAGAAAGCUUAAGACAAAAUAGAAAACUACUUUUAGCCCUUCCUGAAUACUAGGGGUAGUUUAGAUGAAUAUACCAACACCGUUACCUGUUCUGAGAUGCUGCAGUUUAAAUAGCGCUCAUUCUAGGAAGGCUCAGCAGAUAAUCUUUUUCCCCUGAGCCAGAACUGUGCUGUUCUGACGUUGUGCUGAGUUUGGGCAGGAGCUAAUAAUAAACACAUAGAAAUACAAGUGUAGGGGCAUUUCACUUGUAGAAUAAACCUCCCAAGGAUCUGCUCUAGUCUCAGUUAAAUCCAGGAAAUCCUGGCUCUGCAUCUCAGGGCUGAUGUCUAUGGGCUAACAAGUUAGGGCUUCCAGACGCACAGCAGCGGUAGCUGAAAAGCAUCUUUCAUUUCAAGACCAACACGGAGUGGCAGCCCCUCAGUGGGGCUCUGAGAAUCUGACAUUAGGGGUGGGGAAGUGAGAUUGUAUUAUGAUUGUAUCACGUUAAACCAGGAAAAGCCCUUAGGUAUCUUCAGUAUCUCAAAAUGGAAUUAACUUUUGAGCAAAAGGAUUAUUUUACAGCCUCCACACUACUGUUCUACCCUAGCAUCAGCCCUGACAGCCCCCUUCUUCCUCAUUCUAGAUUUGGGUGGGUUGAUCAUAAUUACUAGCAACAUUAACCAUGUAUUAUUUGCAUAGAUGUAGCUAUAAACUGGUGUGUAGAUGUUGAUAUUUUGUUUGGGAGGAUGGAGGAUUGGGUUAUUUUACUUUUGUCUUCUACUUGUGUUACUAUAAGGCUUUUAAGAAAUGCACCUGAUUCAGAACUGUGCUCACAUCACUCUCCUCUCCUUCAGUCCUGACUCAGGACCCAUCAGUCAGCAGCAAAACAUAGGUGUAAAGUGCCAGAGUUGACAGCCUAGAGCUGGUUUGUACUCUAAACCAAAUAAAUCAUUUCACAUGGA